AGUAAUUUUGCGGCCUAGUGGCUGUUAUCGGAAACGUCCCCGCUGACGUCACCGCGUACCGUGGAACUACGACUACCGGAGCGUCACGACCGAGUCCGUGCUAACGCGCGCUUUAACGUUACUCCUCUUCUCAGCCGGUGUACGGCUGCUCUCCUAACUUAACCCCGUCAGCCGGCAAUGAGCGAACGCUAUCACUCACAACCGGCUGUUUCCCUGCCUAUCCGUUGCACUUCCGGGUUCCGAGCAAGCGUCUUUUCCUGAGGAUCAGCUGUGAUGACUGAAUGAGCAAACGGAGAGGAGCGAGCGACUCCUGACGGCUGUGCUCCCGGUAAUCGCAGUGCACGGUUAAAGACAGCGUGGCAGAAGGAUUCCCGGAUAAAGCUGCUUCCCUGCUGCCACUCAUCUCAUCUCUUAUGAAAAGCUGCCGUUUUGAGCAUGAAGAUAUGCCAAUGGUGACUCAUCCUGCCGCUCUGAUAUAGUACGAGUUGUUUUGGGUCUAUAACACUUGGUUGAUAUUGUGAUGAAGGUCCGCUGAGCUCGGAGUCUCCAUCCGGACUGUAUUAUAUUGAGAGAUUGUCGCGCUUUCUCUGUAUUUUGCGCAUCCCACCGGCUGGAGAGCGACGCGCGCGCGAGAGCCUGGCGGUUUUUCAUGGUUUAAUGAGUAUUAAAGUGUUGCCGGUUGGACAAUGAAGAAGUUCUUCGAUGCCCGUCGGGAGAUGGUGAGCUCUGGACCCGCGUCUGGAGCCGCUGCGGGGGGCGGCGCGGGGUCCGGCGCGUUUAUCGGACGCGUUUUCUCCAUCGGACGAUAUCAAGUGACCGUGGAGGAGACUGUGGCGGAGGGUGGUUUUGCUAUCGUAUUUCUGGUGAGGGCUCAUCAGGGCGUCCGUUGUGCGCUGAAGAGAAUGUAUGUCAACAAUGAACAUGACCUUCAAGUAUGCAAGAGGGAAAUUCAGAUUAUGAUGGACCUUGUGGGUAACAAAAACAUUGUUGGUUUUAUGGACUCCAGCAUCACAGCAGUAGGUUCAGGAGAUGUUUGGGAAGUUCUCAUAUUGAUGGACUUCUGUCGAGGUGGGCAGGUUGUGAACCUGAUGAACCAGCGUUUGCAGACUGGAUUCAGUGAGAUGGAGGUGCUGCAGAUCUUCUGUGACACAUGUGAAGCUGUCGCUCGACUACAUCAUUGCAAAACUCCCAUCAUCCACCGGGACCUUAAAGUGGAGAACAUCUUGCUGCACGACAGAGGACAUUAUGUGUUGUGUGAUUUUGGCAGUGCCAUUAACCGCUCCCAGAAUCCACAAACAGAAGGUGUGGCGGCUGUAGAAGAAGAAAUCAAGAAGUACACUACUCUUUCAUACCGGGCCCCAGAAAUGGUGAAUCUAUAUGGGGGCAAAGUUAUCACUACUAAAGCAGAUAUAUGGGCUUUGGGCUGCUUGUUGUAUAAGUUGUGUUAUUUCACUUUGCCGUUUGGAGAGAGUCAGGUGGCCAUCUGUGACGGCAGCUUCACCAUCCCUGACAACUCCCGCUACUCGCACGACAUGCACUGUCUCAUCCGUUACAUGCUGGAGCCAGACCCUGACAUAAGGCCAGAUAUCUACCAGGUGUCAUAUUUCGCCUUUAAACUGGCACGGAAAGAAUGCCCAGUACAGAAUAUCCACAACUCACUCAUUCCAGCAAAACUCCCAGAGACAAUCAGAGCCAGUGAAGCCGUGGCCAAGAAGAGUCAAAACAAAGCCAGGCUCACUGAUCCAGUCCCUACGACUGAGACAUCCAUAGCACCACGGCAGCGUCCCAAGGCUGGCCAGGCUCAACCAGUCGCAAGCAUCCUGCCCAUCCAACCAGCCCUCACCCCUCGUAAAAGAGCCAGUGCACCUGCAGGACCCGGCCAGCCAAUCAGUGUUAACAGUGCUUCCCAGCCUGUUUCCCAAUCACAGGUUCCUGUCGCUCAGCAACAAGCCACGCCCACUCCAAUGCAGGCCACUCCCUCUCCACCCCAGACCACACCCCAACAUGCACAACUUUUUGUGCAGCAGCAAAACACAGCCUUCUUUACUGCUCAACAACAGUCUGUCGGCGGAAGUCGUGGGGUGCAUAAAGUCUGCUCCUUGACUCCACCCUCUUCUCCCAAGACCGCCCCUAAAGGAGGCCACAGGCGAAUUCUGAGCGAUAUCACACACAGCACCAUAUUUGGAGUUCCUGUGAGCAAGUCCACUCAACUGCUUCAAGCUGCUGCUGCAGAGGCCAGCCUCAACAAGUCCAAGUCAGCUAGCACCACUCCCUCUGGUUCUCCAUGUUCAUCACAGCAGAGUGUUUAUCAGUCAGGGGAGGCUUCGGGACCCUUGCCUGGAGCCCCUGCAUCCUGGAACCCCUUUGGCGAUGACAAUUUCUGUAAACUCACAGCAGAAGAGCUGCUCAACAAGGAUUUUGCCAAACUGGAUGCUAAGACAGCCGAGAGAUCCUGCCCUGAAAAUCUGAUUUCUGGGUUGCAGUCUGUGUCUUCAAAUAAAGGCUUUCUCCAGGGAGGAGAGAAGUUGAUCGAGGGUUUGGAGUCUCCAGAGCCCUCUUCCUCCCUGAUUCUCCCUGACCUUCCCUUGAAUGACCCCUUCAGCCCUGCAGACUGUAGUCAUGUUGGGAUGGAUUCUCUGAUCCCUGGUCUGGAUCCUCUACAGACUGAUCCUGGGUCAGCUGCACUACCAGAAUCUUUGGUUGGACAGGAUUCUCUUUUGGAUGGGCCGCUUCUCUCCCACCCCUCCACUGGGGGUCUAAUACUGGCCUCAUCCCCCUCAUCUCUCCCUACACCAUCUAUGGACCAGUUUACUACUACUGCUUUGAGUAGUGGACAGUUCCACCAGGCCUCUGAUCCAGCUCACCAGGCUCUCUCAGGCUUCCAGUCCUCUGAGACUGGGGACCAAAGCUCCAAUAACCAGUUUGACCCAAUUCCAGUGCUUAUCUCCAAAAGCACCAGCCAAGGUGGUCACUCGCGCAGCAACAGUGGCAGUUCUGAGACCAGUCUGCCCUCGCUGGCACGCUCCCUUCUGCUGGUGGACCAACUCAUCGACUUGUAGAGGAAACAGAGAGAGAGAGGCAGAUGAAUA